CCAGGGCCGUGCAUUCGCGGCGUCGGGAGCCGCCGUCCCCGCCCGACUUGGAUUUGUGGCCGGUUCUCCGGGAAAAGGGGGGCCGUGUGCGGCUGCGGGGGCUGGAUCUGCGUCUGGAAUCGGCCUCUCUAGAAGGCCUGGGACCACAGCAGGCCCAGGGGCACGUCUGCCGAGGGUGGGGUCUCCACACCUCCAGCUGCGUGUGGAGCCUCCUGGGGAUCUUCUGUCUACUGUCUAGCUGUCUUAGAGGAGCCACGCCUGCCAGCCAGGAUGGGCGAGUUCAACGAGAAGAAGUCAACAUGCGGCACCGUUUGCCUCAAGUACCUGCUCUUCACCUUCAACUGCUGCUUCUGGCUGGCUGGUCUGGCCGUCAUGGCCGUGGGUAUCUGGACCCUGGCCCUGAAGAGUGACUACAUCAGCCUGCUGGCCUCAGGCACCUACCUAGCCACAGCCUACAUCCUGGUGGUGGCCGGCAUUGUCGUCAUGGUGACUGGUAUCCUGGGCUGCUGUGCCACCUUCAAGGAGCGGCGGAACCUGCUGCGCCUGUACUUCAUCCUGCUUCUCAUCAUCUUCCUGCUGGAGAUCCUUGCUGGCAUCCUUGCCUACGUCUACUACCAGCAGCUGAACACGGAGCUCAAGGAGAACCUGAAGGACACCAUGACCAAGCAGUACCACCAGCCAGGCCACGAGGGUGUGACCAGAGCUGUGGACAAGCUGCAACAGGAGUUCCACUGCUGUGGCAGCAACAACUCCCAGGACUGGCAGGACAGUGAGUGGAUCCACUCCAGGGAAGCAGAUGGCCGCCUGGUCCCUGACAGCUGCUGCAAGACCGUGGUGACCCACUGUGGUCGGCGGGACCAUGCCUCCAACAUCUACAAGGUGGAGGGCGGCUGCAUCACCAAGCUGGAGACCUUCAUCCAGGAGCACCUGAGGGUCAUCGGGGCCGUGGGCAUUGGCAUCGCCUGUGUACAGGUGUUUGGCAUGAUCUUCACGUGCUGCCUGUACAAGAGCCUGAAGCUGGAGCACUACUGACCCUGCCCACGCCGGCCCGGGGCAGGUGCUGCAGCUUCUCGUCGAGUGACUGCUGAGACUACUGAUGGCCAGGGAGCUAGGGCCCUGGACGCCUCUCCCACCCCUCUUCCCCUCUCCCCCUCUGCCAGGGAGGUGGUGUGUCCCCACCACUGUGCCAUCACCAUGCCCUCUGGGGCCCCUCCCCCCAGAGAGAGCUUCAAGUGCCUUUUGCUACACACCUAAGUCCCGAGGCGGGUGCCCUGCAGUCAGGGAGGGGCAGCACUGCUGCCCACACGGGGGUCCUGGUCUGGCUGGUGGGGUGGGGGGAUUGUGUUCUGCCAAUAAAGCACCCCCCUCCCGCAGGCCACCUCCCUUGGGGUGGGUCAUGGCACCUCAGGGUGCUCCCUGAUGCCUGUGCUUAGUUGGAGGGGUUAGUUGGGUGGGGAGUGGGCAGAAAUGGGCCUGGUUGGCCUACUGGAGGGUGCUCCCAGUCCCUUGGACACACCCCAGAUGGUGGUCAGCGCAGGUGAGGAGCUCCAUGUGCUCCCCACCAGGCCAGUGCCCUGUCCCCAGGGUCCCUGCCGCCCUGCUCUGCUGAGCCCGCUCUCUCCACUGCUCACUGUUACUCCAAAGGUCACGUUCACUGUUGUCCCCCUCCCCCCAGGGCAGGGGUCCGGGGAGGUUUCACUCACUGCUGUAUUACAAACGCCGAGAACUGCCCCUGCCACCCGCAGGAGCGCAAUAAACGUUUGUGGGACAGACAGGUGAACCUACUAUGUCACCGAGGCGGUCCUGGUCCUGAGCCACUUCUAGCAAGUGGCAGACCCACCCACGCACUGCCAGCCGAAGGAGAGCAGGGGGCCGAGUCCUGGGGGCCC